AUUCUCAUCGUAUAAUUACACGGUUUUUCAGAAAUAUCUGCAUGUUUUCGAUCGCUAAUCUCACAUAAGCCAGCAUACACUUUGGGCCUUUUGACCUUUUCUGCAUACGUCUAAUAUUUUGGUUUUCAACAUUGUGCCUUGUAUAUAAAGAGAACCCAGGUGCCUGUUAAUAUCAUCACCUUCAGAAUCAAAUCCUGUACUCUCUCUCUCUCUGGCUUUCGUGAUUUGCAAUUAAGAAGUCUCAGUCUCAGAUGGCAUCUACUGGGAUUCUUUUGGCUUCUCUUCUUCUCCUCUCUUGCUUAGCAGAAACCUCCCAUGGUGUCCUCUUUUCGUCUCUGAAACAAACUCUCAUAGUCACUGCUUCACCCAAAGAAGGACAGGUUUACAAAGCAGGGGUAGACAAACUCACCGUCUCGUGGGGUCUGAACCAGAGCUUCCCAGCUGGAUCAGACUCAACCUACAAGACCAUCAAGCUGAAAUUCUGCUACGCGCCGGUGAGCCAGGUGGACCGCGGGUGGAGGAAGACGGUGGACAGCCUCUCCAAGGACAAGACAUGCCAGUUCAAGGUUGUUGCUAGGCCCUACAGCAGCUCGAACCAGAGCUUCGAGUGGACCAUCGAGCGCGACGUGCCUUCCGCCACGUACUUUCUACGCGCCUACGCUUACGACGCCGCGGAUGUUGAGGUGGCUUACGGUCAAACCACAAACGCUCACAAGGCAACCAACUUGUUUGUGGUCCAGGGAAUCACUGGACGCCACGCGUCCCUUGAUAUUGCGUCCAUUUGCUUCAGUGCUUUCUCGGUUUUGUCCUUGGCUGGUUUCUUUAUUGCUGAGAAGAGAAAGGCAAAGUCGUCCCACGAUAAGUGAAGGAAAAAUAUGAACUGUCAAUCUCAGACUUUAGUAGUUUCCUUGCGUUGACCAAACGAAAAAGUUAAAAAAAAGAGUGUAGUAGUUUGCAUGAUUUAGUUUUUGGUAUUUUAUUUUCAUCGUACUGUUUUAUAUAAUACUGAGAGGUAAUAAAAUGGUGGGGCUUAAUGUGGUUUGAAAGGUAGAAAUGACAAAUUGGCAAUGUGGAAAGGGUUACAUGGGUAGGGUGAAAUUGGUUUUCAGAAAAUUGGAAGCAUUGUCUAUGUGGGAAAAGAAAAGAGAAAAAUCUAUAAUAAUAGCAUUUUGUAAAAGUUGA